AAUCCUUAUGUGACAACCUAGUCCAACGUGUGUUGACUUCGAGGCCUAUGUGCUCGAAGUCGAAGCUAUAUAAGCGGAGGCUUCUCUCUGGAUUUCACAACAUCGACGGUGCUCGCCCAAAUUUUAUGACAUCCGUCUACCCACGGAGCAGAAAUCUGCAGCAGCCCUGAUCAGUUCACUGUCCAAUACAUAUACAUUCUCAACAGUGGCAUUGAUAUCAGUUUAUCGAUCGCCUGCCGGCAUCUACUGGGGUCGGGUGGAGUUACUUCUACGCAGAUACUAGCUAGUUCUUGAGGUGCUUCACCAAAGAAAAGAUGGGUCGGUCUAUAAUGGGGAGCUCAAUGUUGGCCGUGCUGAUGGUGGCAUUGCUCAUCUCGGGUUCUCAAUUCGAAGUGGCGAGUGCGAAGAAGAAAAAGCACAUCCAGUUUACGUACUACCUUCACGAUAACUUCAUCCCACCAGGUGUCACAGCUGUUCAGACCAUUUCAGUCAGCGGCAACUUCACAGGACUGGCGGAGUUUGGGGACCAGACUACAUUCGACAGCAUUCUCAGGGAGGGUUUGAACAAGACAUCAGAUUUCUGGGGAUACCACUCUGGAACCACCUCUUUGCUAUCAUCUCCAAACAACUUCUUCAUUACUUUGACAGCCGAUCUCAGGACUCCCAAGUACAAUGGAUUCUACGUAGUUCAAGGAAGAUUCAAUUCCAGCAACCCCAGUUGGGACCUGCCCAUCACUGGUGGAUCCGGUGACUUCGUUGGUGCCAGUGGAUAUUUGACCGCCACGCUUGCAGUGUCGGACCUCGUGAACGGCAUCGUUGUCAAAUAUGACGCGAACAUCUUUCUCUGAGGAUCUCUAGCCUUGUACAAAAGGCACUGGCACCCAAUAAGAUCACCUCCAUUUUUGCUUGUAUGUGACAAUAGUUGAUCGAGCAAGCAACGACUCAAGAUCGGGUCUUUUUCAUAGACUUCUUCAUUCAAUUUCAUACUCUCUGCUCGGGUACGUGUGUGUAUACAUGGGACUUAUGAGUAAUUAGCACUGCUACCUGUAUUGUUGUCGGUACUUAAGUUUGUAGAUUUAUCGUAGAAAACACGAGUGGAGAGUUUUACAAAGCUUGAGAUACAGAAAAGUAUCGAAGCCUUUAAUAUCUCAGCGAUUGAAAGUUGAUUCUCAUGAACGACGUGAGCUAGAAUAGGUAUUAUUGUUGAUAAGGAGAUAUAGCUUGUAGUGAGAUCCAGAGAGAGACUAAGGGAGAAACUCUGACAUAGCUGAGCAAGGAGCAGUGUGCAAAUAACGACUGUAUCCUCAACUAUCUAUAUUCAAGCUGCAGACUGAAAUGCAUAAGUUCCAAGUUUCGCCUGUUA